AUGUUAAUAACUAACAAAUAUAUUAAGUUAUUUAGUAGAAGGGUGCGUAAGAGUCUUUGUGAGUUUACAAAACCAGAUAGUACUCUAAUUAUAAUUGAUUGGGAUGACACACUACUUCCUACAUCUUGGCUAUAUGAAAAUAGACAAGUGAACCUUUUAGAUAAUUCAUAUGGGGUACUGGUAGCUCAAUUUCUACAAAAAUCUCUUGAAUUAGGAAAGGUUGUGAUUAUAACAAAUGCUUCACCUAAUUGGGUGUACCAAACAGCUGAAUUACAUCUAAAACACAUAUUACCACUCCUUAAAAAGGUGCCUAUUUGCUCAGCAAGACAGUUCUCAACAAAUAAGGUAAAUGAUGUGGUAUUCUGGAAAUAUAGAGCAUUCACAAGUGUAAUCAAGUACUUUUCAGCCAUUGUUCAUGGGAAAAAAAAUAUUAUAAGUAUUGGUGAUAGUCAGUGGGACAAAGAUGCAAUAUUCAAUGUUUUUGAAGCUAAUGAAGAGAUUGACAUUGUUCCUAAAGCUAUAAAAUUUAUUACUAAUCCAUCGUACGAUUUAUUGUGCGAUCAAAUUAUUCAAUUAACGUUAAGUUUAUCAAGUAUUGUUUCAGCUACUAAACCUCAAGUAUAUGAAAUGAAAAAAGUUUGGUGA